AUGACCUUUAGUACGAUUAUCAGCAUGAGACGUCUUUUAAACAAAUGACCUAUAAAUUUAUGGCCAUUAGUCUAGACUACUAUAACUAUCAUUUGUUAAUUGUGCGUGCAAGAGUAUAGAACAUCGACAGUGAAAUUGUGCUCUUGCUCCACAUGUUUCUGAUGAAUUAAUCUAUUUAAGAUCAAAACUUUAUAACAUAAGACAGGAGUCCAAACACUUGAAGUUAAACUUCGUUUCAGCGUAACUUACAAUUCAGCAACUGAUAAAUAGUAAAAUUAAUAUGUUGAGCUCCUCGAUAGCCUUGCACUUGCUGCCAGUAGUGCCUGGCAGCAGUGGCCGGUCCUCGUCGUCGGCGGCGCGAAAAUCAAAGGGAACAACCAAACCAACAAGCUCGUUUACUGUGUCAAAUAAGAGCAUUGAUUUUUUCAAUGAAUUACAAGUAGAACAAGUCAUUGAAAGACAGUCCAAAUGCUUAAAUCCCAAAAAACAAAUUUAUGAUCCUGCUCUUCUUAGAGAGGCCUACAAGAGUUGCCAAAAUAUUUGUGCUCAGCAUGCUAAGAGCUAUUAUCUAGGAAGUUUGUUGUUGACUGAAGAAAGAACAAAAGCAAUAUGGGCUAUUUAUGCUUGGGGUCGGAGGACAGAUGAGCUAGUGGAUGGUGAAAAUGCCAACAACGCGAGUUCAGCUGUGCUGGAUAUCUGGGAAAACAGGCUUGAAGACAUCUUCAACGGAUGCCCAUAUGACACAAUUGACACUGCCUUGGCUGAUACUAUCCAGCAAUAUCCCUUAGACAUCAAGCCAUUUAAAGAUAUGAUAAAAGGAAUGAGAAUGGACACAUGGAAGAGUCGUUACAACAACUAUGAAGAGCUUGAACUAUACUGCUACUAUGUGGCUGGAACAGUUGGCCUAAUGACUCUUCCGAUUUUUGGAACUUCACUGGACACAGUAACUUCUACACAAAGCAUUUAUAAGGCUGCGAUUUCCUUGGGAAUCGCGAACCAACUAACUAACAUCCUUCGAGAUGUAGUUGAAGAUGCUUCGAUGGGGAGAGUGUACCUUCCACAAGACGAGCUUCGAGAGUUUGGCUUAACAGACGCUGACAUCUUCUCUAGGAAGGUCACAAAGGAAUGGCGAGAACUCACAAAGAAACAGAUAGCAAGAGCAAGAUACUAUUACGAUCAAGCAGUGGAAGCCAUUUAUCAGCUAGACCGUGCUAGUAGAUGGCCGGUGUGGGCAUCAAUGAUGUUGUAUCGGAAAAUAUUGGAUAAGAUAGAGGAAAACAACUACGACAACUUGACAAAGCAAGCAAGAGUUGGGAAUGCUGAAAAGCUUCUUAUGUUGCCACUAGCUUAUGCCAAAGCCAAGGGUUGGCAGUGUGAUUAGUAUAAUUAACCAGCAAUAAAUUAGUAUAAUACCGUGUUAUCGAGUUUGCUUGCUUCCUAAUUAUUGAUUAUGUUGCUGACACAUGUAUUUUCAUGGCAAACUCAUAACUCAUUGAUCAUUUACGUUCUCCAUUCAUGUGCUCAUGUACAAAGGAUAUAAUGUUAGAGUAUGUGAGAUGGUGCACCACAUACAUCCGAAUGUAUGGUUAAUACUAGAUGUAUCAUUUAGGAUAAUUGGAUCGGAUCAUCUCAUAUACAUAAUAGUUUUGGAAAUCACUUUAUAUGCCCUAUUUUAUAGAAAAAUUUGUGUAUAAAAAUUUGAAAAAGUCAUCCAAUAAAUACUCUAUUUGUUUA